UUCUGCGGGUUUAUAAAUGAUUCAUAGAGUGAGCCUAUUUUUAAGCGGAGUAAUUGCGCGCAGUUCGCACAGUCAGCCAGUGUGUUACUAUCAGCUAUGAGUGCGUGUUCUGUUUUCGCGUGAGCGCUUGCGUGUGAGUGAAAGCCGGUCACCAAUCUGCAGAGGAGACGGAGAGGAGAUUCCAGACGACAGAAACAGUGAGCGUGUGGAAACUUCGUGAGAGACAGUCACAUUUUAUUGGCUUUAAUCCUGGGGUUUGAUCGAAUAUAUUGUCAAAGCCUGUCAGCCAGUAUAGCCGUUGGACAAGGGAAUCAACUGUUGCAGCAGCAGACCGUUUUCAAAUGGACACUAGGCUCGUCACAAUUCAUCAAGUCUGUGUUGCUGAAUCUAUACAUGAGUUUGAGAAUGGAUUUUUAACCAUCACCUGGACCGAGUUUAUUUAUUGUGCUGCGCGCUGGAUACAUGUUGUUUAUGGUAUGUUCUGAUACUGCAUAGAGAAUACAUGCUCUUCCAGAAUGAUCCCACUCCACGCCUCUCCUGGCUUUUUGAUAUUGCUUUAUCAUAUUUUUGUAUCAGACAGUAGCAGUUGCUUGUAGGCAAGAAGGCACAUUUGGGCUAUUUGAACCAUUCCAAAGGCAUUUGGAGGAUUAUAGUGGAUUGUUUCUUUCUCUGUGACCUUGCCUCUCCGGCGUUAAUCCAGACGGAUAGAUGCUGAUGAUGGAGAAGAACGGCAUGGACGCGCAUCAGGUUGGAAUCAAUCAUGAAUACGAGCUGGAGGGCCGGCCUCGGUCAUGCUGGCCGCUGCCGCCGUGUCCUGAGGAUUUCCCACGGGGAGUGGAUGAAGCAAAUCGAGGUCUGCCCCUGGCAUCUAUCAAGCUGGAGCAGCUUCAGUACAACGUGCCGACAUGCCGCGGCGGAGCAGCCGAGGGAAGAGGUGGCGCACCAGUAGAGCUCAAACAUCCAUCCAGUGCCCCGGUCCCUAUCGCACCCGGCGCUCCUACAUGCAUGUCGGGGGCUUCCCUCGACGUGGCUGGCCAGCUGCGCAAAGCCAAGUCGUCCCGGAGGAACGCGUGGGGAAACCAGUCGUACGCGGACCUCAUCACGCGUGCCAUUGAGAGUGUCCCGGAGAAGAGACUCACUCUGUCGCAGGUUUACGAUUGGAUGGUGCGCUUUGUCCCUUAUUUCAAGGAUAAAGGCGACAGCAAUAGUUCAGCUGGAUGGAAGAACUCCAUCCGCCACAACCUGUCCCUCCACACUCGGUUUGUCCGUGUCCAGAAUGAGGGGACAGGGAAGAGUUCCUGGUGGAUGCUGAACCCAGAGGGAGGGAAGAUGGGGAAGGGACCCCGACGACGCGCCGCCACAAUCGACUGCCCCAACGGCACCAAGUACCUGAAGAGUAAAGGACGGGCCAGGGGUAAGAGGCCUGGAGCCGGAGCUGGCAGUGGAGCUGUUGGUCGGGGAAGGCGGCAGGGUUACGGCCUGGGUCACGGGGCUCGACCGGGGAUGCAUCAGGGGUCUCCGGAGCAUGGUAGUCCUGCAGGGAAGGGCGGAGCAGGGGUGGGAGGAGAGGAGUACGAUGCCUGGACGGAUCUCCACUCCCGGACCUCCUCUUCGGCUUCGACACUUAGUGGCUGCCUUUCUCCCAUCCUGGCCGAGGCUGAGCCAGAUGAGCCAGAGGAAGGAGGCCUUUCCUGCUCCACCUCCCCCCGCCUCUAUCCUAGCCCUACCGCAACUCGCUCCCCUGCCCUGGGCACUGGGGGGCACUGCCCAGGAACCUCCUUGGAGCUGCCCCAACUUACUGACCUGACUGGGGCUAUCAGCCUGGAAGAGGGCUACCCCCACCCCCAGAACCACCGACAAACCCAGCCUCGUAAUGGCUACCCCAGCCCCUACGGCACUGGCUCCAAGGGGGAAGGCUCCUACUGCGGCCCCGUCUACGGGCAGCCGCCCCUGGGCAUGCUGCAGCUCCAUGCCCCCAUGCCCAUGCAGACCAUUCAGGAGAACAAGCGAGUCAGCUUCCAGCGCCCGCUGAGGGCCUACUCAGAGAACAAUGCACUGCAGAGCCUGCUGACCGGAGGGCCUGGAGGUCCUCAGUACUGCAGUAAGGACAUGGUCACACUGGGAGGGCAAGGAGGGGAGUCACACACGCUGCUGACCCAGGUAACCAACGGGGUUCACAGCCACAAUCAUAGCCAUAGCAACCAUAAUCAUAAUAACCACGAGCAUGGACACAAUUCAGGCCCACACAAUGGUCACGGCUCAGUUCAUGACCAGAACCCCAGCGGUCAUCUUCAGAAUGGCCUCCACAAUCAUGGUCAACCCAACCUGGACUAUAACCAUAGCCACAAACAACACCUCAGCCCGGCCAUUGACUACAACCAGAGUCACAACCACAAACUGAACACAAGCCAUGACCACACUCACCAGUCCAACCAGGGUCACCUCCACGGUCACCUCCAGGGUGGACCCAGACCUCCAGCCCUCCAGGCUCUUUCUCCCAGCGUCAACACAGACAUCCUGCAGCCCUACAGCCUCAAAACCCCCACCCCAACUCCUAGCCACUAUGGCCCCCUCGCCCCCCACCUCCCCAACCCCAACCCCUCGUCCCUUCCCCCCAACCCUGCCUCUGUUCUCGACAUACCCCAGGACCCCUGCCUCCGCCUGGCCUCCGCCCCGGCCCCUCACCCCCACCCUCGCCACCAGCCCUACCCCGGUACCACCUACCACCAGGGUAUAACUAUGACUGACUCCUGGCAUGGCUACUACCACCACACUCUCCACCCCACCCAGAACUACCAGGGCCACCCCCACCACAGCACUCACCACCCCAGCCGCAUGGCUCCAGACCUGGAUGUAAACGUAGACAUUCUCCCCAGCAGCCUAGACUGUGACGUGGAUUCCAUCCACCUCAAUGACUUCAUGGACACAGAGGGGUUGGGGAUGGACUUCAACUUUGACGGCUCCCUGUCUCAAGGAGUGGGCAUGGGCAUGAGCAUAUCUGCUUUCGCCGGAGCGCCGCAGGGACAUCACAGCCAGAACUGGGUGCCUGGGUGA